AUGUCUUACAACGACGACAAACAACGUGGUGGCGGCUACGGAGAUGACAGCUACGGUUCCUCUGGUCGCGGAGGCGAUAGCUUCGGCUCCUCAGGCCGUACCGGCGGAGGUCUAGGUUCUGAUGAUACCUACGGAACCUCUGCGCAAACAGGAGGUGCCACAGGCGGCGGUUACGGAGACUCUGGCCGUACCGGAGGUGGACUCGGUCGUGAUGAUACCUACGGAAGCUCUGGCCUCACCGGAGGUAACACGUCUGGCGGCUACGGAGGUGGUGACCGUACCAGCGGUGGACUAGGCCGAGAUGAUACGUACGGCGACUCUGGAAACACCGGUGGCUUCAGCUCCGGGCGAGGCAACGAGUAUGGCUUGGGCAGUGGCAGGACACAAGAACAGUCCAGCGGUGGUUACGGUGCGAGUGACGAUACCUACGGUUCCGGCAGAGGCACUGGUGGUGGCUUUGGUGACCAGAGCUCUGGUCUUGGUCGUGAUGAGUAUAGCUCUCGUGGCCACACUGGCGGUGGUCUCGGCAGCGACGACACUUACGGUGAUGCCAGCCGUACCGGCGGUGUUUCCACUGGCCGUGACAAUGAUUAUGGCUUGGGCUCCGGCCGUACUCGAGAACAAGAAGCCGGCGGCUUCGGUGUUGGCUCUGGCCGCCGCCGCGAUGAUGACUAUGAUGAUGACAACAACUCCAGCGGCAAGAAGGAUUCCACUACGGGCAAGAUCCUCGAGAAAGCCGGCAGUCUCCUUGGCAGUGGCAAGGUGCAGGAAAGAGGUGCUGAGAAGAGACGUGAAGCUGGCGGUGACAACGACUACUGA